CAAAUAAUGUUUCAUCUUUAGUGGGAUUUGGCUUGAAAACUGCACGAUUUCUGGGAAAUGCAUUUUGGGUUUUAACAACUUCCGCCAUAAUUUUGGUUAUACCUUUAGCGUUGGAACUUGAAAAAGAGCACCAAAUUAUCCAACUUGAAAAUGAACAAAAAGCCUUAAUGAGUGGUCAACCUAACAACUCUUAUGGACAACCGGGCCAAAUUAGUCCUUUUGGAGCACCGGGGCAACCCCAACAACAACAGCGA